CGGCUCGGGCGCGCCACAGUGCGCGGAGGGGCGCCGCGCCGGCUGCACCAGGGGCCUUCGCGACGCCCGCCGCCGCGCGCCCAGCGCCACGUGGCAGACCCGCGAGCUGAAGCGCGCGCCAGCCGAGGCGAGACCCACCCCGAAUUCCACCGCCGGGAGCUCUGCGGCGUCCGGCCGCGGGGCCCGACCGCAACGGCACACGGCCGGCCGUCACGAACGCACCCUCCUGCGGUGGCCGCGGAGGCCACGCCGGCGGCGACCACGGCCCCUAGACAAAGCGACCGGCGGCAGCGAGCAAAUGACGGCCGUUUGACCGGCGCCGAUAAGUGAUCGUGACGUAUGCAGGCCGAAAGAAAUCGCGAUCGGGAAAGGCAAAUCGGCGAGACGGCGGCCGCUCGGCGGCGGCGGGGGCGCCUCUAUCAAGAUGACCUGUCAGCGGCCGGCGCGCCGCUCGCCGCUCCGCGCUCCACCCGCCCCGCUCGGCGCCGCCCCCGUCCUGAAUUGAUUCCUAAGUGAAUUCCCCAGCUUGCCGCGGCUGAAUAAGUCAGGAGAGACGCUGGCCGGCCGCCCCCUCGCCGCCGGCCGCGCGGACGGGAAUCCCCGCGCGACCACAUGCUCGCCAUGCAGCCCGACGGCCUCUACUACCGCGGCGACGACGAGGACGCGGUCACGCCCGAGACGCCGCUGUCGGACGCCGCCACCGCCAUCGUCAUGAACAGCGCGUACGAGCCGUCCACGUCCACCAACGGCGUGCUCGCGCACCACGUCGUCGGCGACCACCUGCUCGAGGACAUGCACAUGGGCGUGCACCUGGACGGGCGGCUGGUGGGCAGCCUGGUGGGCAGCCUGCAGUCGCUGGGGCCCGGGCCGCCGCUGGGCGCCAUGGGGCCCUCCAUGUCCAGUCUGCAGCGCCACGCCGGCGGCAAGAGGGUGCUCUUUGUGAGCGGCGGCGGCGGCGACCCCCAGGGCCACCCGGCGCACCGCCACCACCACGACAUGGACUCGGGGGAGGAGGCGGACGACGGCUGGGGGCCGAGUCCCGGCAACGCGCACCACCAGUGGAGCACCCCGCUCGUGGCGGCCACCAGCAGACCGCAGGUAAAAUUACCCUGGACUUCUUGUUGGCGCCGCAGAGAGCUACUCGCGACGCCUAGGCCGCGGGCGCCGCGGGUGCGGCCAGACUCCAGCAUGGACUCCAGCAGGACGCAGCGCGGCGAGAGCGUGUCCGCUGACUGGACCGCGACGCACCACAACUUCCACGUGGGCAUCUACGGCUGGCGCAAGCGCUGCCUCUACCUCCUCAUCCUGGCGCUGCUCGUCAUGGUCAUCGUCAACCUGGCGCUCACGCUCUGGGUCCUCAAGGUCAUGGAGUUCUCCUCGGAGGGCAUGGGCCAGCUCCGGGUGGUGCGGGACGGGCUGCAGCUCAACGGCCAGGCCAUGGUCAUGGACGCGCUCAUCGCCUCCAACAUCCGGUCGCGCAGGGGGCAGCCCAUCACCAUCGAGUCCUCCAGGAACUUCACGCUCAACGUCCGCGACGAGGCGGGCGCCGUCGCCUCGCAGAUGUACCUGGACAAGAACCGGCUGGAGUGCGCGACGGGCGGGUUCCGCGUGGAGGACUCGAGGGGCAGGACGCUGUUCUCUGCCGACAAGAAGGAGGUGGUGGUGGGUGCGUCGCUGCUCCGGGUGACGGGCCAGGGCGGCGCCGUGUUCAACUCCUCCGUGCAGACCCCGGCAGUGCGCGCCGACUCGGGCAGCGACCUCAGGCUGGAGUCGCCCACGCGGAGGCUGUCGGUCCACGCUCCCAUGGGGGUGGCCAUUGAGUCCAGGGCGGGCGACAUCAGCGCCUCCUGCCUCACGGACCUCAAGCUGCAGUCCGUGGCUGGCUCGAUCCGCCUGGACGCUGCCCGCGUGAUGCUGCCCGGCAUGCGGAUGUCGGUGGCCGAGGCCGGCCGGGGGCAGGCGCCCAAGGGGCGGCAGGAGGGGCGGCGGCGUGACGAGAUCUACCAGCUCUGCAUGUGCGGCAACGGGAAGCUGUUCCUCAGCGCGGCCGAGGGCCUCUGCGCCGCGGACGACGACAGCUCCGUGUGCCGGUGAUGGGGCUGGUGCGGCGGCCGAGGCCUGGUUGGUUGCGCCGGCCUCGCGCUGUGGUGGACAGUGAGCCGAGGCCCGGUGUCGGCCGAGGCCAGAGUGCAAAACUGUGGACGCAAACUUGUCAGUGUCUGGCCACUUGUGGCUCGCCAAUUUGAAAGGCGUGCCGUGGAGGCUCCAGUUCGCGAAAGGGCUUCCUUUCGCACCGUCGAUAGAAGUAGACUGUAUCAUUGCGAGUGCAAUUCGAGGCAGCGCUCGCUGUGCGAGGGACUGUGCUUUUUGUUCUGUGUUAGAGACUUUACAUAGUUUGAAUCCUGUUGAAUAGAAAUUUGAAAGAUGUGGAAAUGUCGUGUGGACUUGUAUUGCUGUGUUGUGCAACAGAAGAGGUCAUAAUCUUACAGUGCAAAAGUCUUGAAAAGACUACAUUGGUUUUGGUCGGGUUGCUUAACUUCUCUUGUGACUUAGACAAUUGUAUGAUAAAAUAUAAGCAUAAAUGCUAGAAAGUUUUUUUACACUGUAAAAAAUAUUAGUAAUUUUACUAGCUACUGGGUGGGGAAAUUUCAUGUACAAAGGUUCGGGAUUUGCAGUACAUGGGUUGGGAAUUUACCUACUGGAAUGGAAAGUAUCCUUUGCAUGCCACUUGCGCUGUGAAAGGAUCCUUUCCUGCCCACGCAAGUGAAUUUACUGACUUCAUUGACUGCAAAUUUCCCGACGUGGGCUAGAAAGAGUCCGUUCGGCACCCACCGUCUGCGAAUAUCCCCAGCCCGACGAGGGAAUCCCGUGGCCGUGGGCAGAAAAGUGUACUUGCACAUCCCACUGCCUGCAAAUCUCCUUGCGGCGGCUGCAAAUUUCCCAUAAAUUCGUGACUGCCACAGCGUCGUGGAAGGAGACGUGGGUUCGGACUACUACUACACUGACGCCACCCCACCCCACACUAAUCACCUCCUUUCUUUAACCUCGGCCACCCCGACGCGAAGCCCGCGAUUGACUGCCGCUAGAUGGCGUUUCAGUCAGCGCGUCUCCCGCAAAAUCAGCUUUUUCUAUUAAAUUAAAACUCCCUUCAGGUAAUGGCAUUUAAUUCUACGCAGUAUGUUUUAGAAGGAAUCACCCUACCCGACAACAAUCGGCGUUUGCCGAAAAAGUGAACCAUAUCCCCCAAAUAAUCUGUUAAAUUGUAACGCUCGGGAGGUCUCCGCAACGAUGUCUUGUUCAGUACGUCCCCGUCACCUCGUCACUGAGAGGAACGCUCACGUGCGUACUUCCCAUGUGACUUGUGACUUCAAGUGUCGCGCUGUGCCUUGUUCUCUUCUUGAGAUCGAUGAUCAAAUUUUUGAAACUGAUUUCGGAAACCGGUGGACUAUUAUACAGUCCAGUCGGCCCGAGAGCAAUACGAAAAACUCGCACU